GUCAGACCGGAUAAAGUAAAUCUUAUAAUUGGCUCCGGUGGGAAAAAAGUGAAGAGCAUUAUUGAGCAAUCUGGAAUAGAGGCUAUUGAUACCGAAGAUGAUGGCACUGUGAAAAUAUUUGCGAAAGAUUUGGCUAGUUUAGAGAAGUCUAAGGCUAUCAUUAGUAAUUUGACAAUGGUUCCAAAUAUUGGUGAUAUAUAUAGGAAUUGUGAAAUCAAAUCGAUAGUUCCAUAUGGAGUGUUUGUAGAGAUAGCACCUGGACGAGAGGGACUUUGCCAUAUUAGUGAACUGAGUUCAGGUUGGCUAGCUAAGGCAGAAGAUGCUUUCAAGGUGGGAGAUCAUAUUGAUGUAAAACUUAAAGAGAUAAAUGAAAAGGGACAGCUGCGUCUUAGUCACCGAGCAUUGCUUCCAGAUGCAGAUUUAGACAAUUCAAACUCAACUGAUAAGAGUCCAUUGGAAGAAGUAAGCAGCCUGACAAAUCCUGGUUUAUUUGAAUCUAAAAGAAGUUCAGAGGACAAUUCCGUACUUCCAUCAAAAAAGUUUAUCAGGAGAGCGGUUAGCCCUUCCCAGGAGAAGCCUGUCACGAACAAAGACAAGAUAAAGAAGAGCAGCAACAAAGUAAUCAGUAGUGUCUCUCGCAAAGAUAAAAGUAGUUUGGUUGGUGAAGAGGCAUAA